GAACCUAAGUAGGAGUUGCACCACUGUAAUGUAAACACAUUCUGUUACAAGUAAAGUCCUGCAUGCAAAGGUUCAAAAGUGUAGGCAUCAAAAUAUUACUUGUGCAGAAUAGCCUAUUUCGGAAUUAUGUAUUUUAUAUGAUUGGAGUAUAUUUGUAGAUACAGUAAUAUGUAAAGAAGGUAAGGCGAUAUGGAGAAAACCAAUAUACAAAUAUGUUUUUACCAAAUACCUCAAUCAAUAUUGCGAAUAUAUUGCGACUUAUGUCAGCAUUUAUUUAUAUAGCCCAAUAUCACACAUUUUACAUUUGUCUCAGUGGACUUUACAGAAUAUGAAUAUGACACCCUCUGUCCUUGGACCCUCACAUCAUACAAGGAAAAACUUCCUAUAAAACCCCAGAGUUACGGGGGAAGUUAUAUGUAAUGCAGACUUCUGAACAUCGGAAAAGAAAACACUCGAACCAUAUAACCGUUAUAAUAUUUUGAUGACCAAAAGCUAACAUUAUGUAUAGCCUCAUAUUACAAGAUUCAAUUUAUAUCGAUAUAUUGCCCAGCCCUAUGAAUAAGCAUCAUUGAGGUUGUAGCUGGUUAAUAUUUACUAAUACUAACUACUUUAUGUACUGCAGGGCAGAUUUACCAAAGAAAACAUGGAAAUGCAUAUGUUGAUUGAUAUUUUUGUUAAUAAUAUGAAUAUGUUAAGUAACUAGUAAGUAAUGUUUAGUAGAAGUAUACAUUGAAAAACAUGCUAAAAAUAUACAUGCAAGUACCUCAAAAUUAAUUCCCCCCCACAUGUACGAACUCUUUUCUUAUUUAGACUUUGUCACACUAAGUGUUGUGGUGUUAGCAUAUCCACCUCACUGUAAGAAAAACCUGGGUUUCUCUCAAUAAUAGUCCUUUCUUUGUAAGGUUGCAUGUUCUUGUAAUGUGAUCGCGUGUCCCUCUUCCUUUUUCAAAGACAAGUCAGGAGGAUAGCAGGCUCUAAAUUGCUUGAAGGUAUGAAUGUGUGUUUUUUUCUCCUAGUCCCAUGAUUGACCUGGGACCUUUGUCAAGAGUGUCUCCUUAUCGUCCAGUAAUGGGGCACUCAUCGCAGCAGUGGUCUCGGAUUGACUGUGGGAGAGUUAAAAGAGCAGAUAAAUAUUUUCGAAAAAAACAAAUGUGUGAUAUCCGAGUUCGUUGGUAAUACCGUAGGGAAUUAAGUCAGCAAUCCAUGUGGUUCAUUUUGCGUAAACAAGGCUAAUGUGGAAGAUCAUGUGAUUCCAGUCUGGUCUGGGAUUGGCACGGCGCCGCUGUCACAUGUCAGUCAGGAGGAGAGUCACAUGAUGGAAGGAUUCAAAUACGGAUUCCUGGAACAAACAAGCUCAUUUUCUGACUUGUUUUUCAAAUUGAAUCAGGCACAUUCUGAUGCAUAAGCAAAUUGAGAGGGAAACAAUAUGCUUAUGUUUCAGAAUGUGCCUGAAGUAAGAUCAAUGUACCACUGUGAUUGGGACUAUUGUGCUAAAUACUAGGCUCCGGGGGACUGUAGCAUUAGAAAUGCUAAACAAAUCUACAAAUCAGGUGACAUACCGAGUCGUUCAGGUGACUGACCAGCACCUCGAUGGGAGAGAUGAUGGGGGAGGAGCAGUGAGUGUUGUCUCGACAGCUGCCUUUGCUGGGGCUCCCCAGGCUGUGGCUCAGGCUGUGAUCCAAAACCCUUUCAGUAAUGGAGGAAGCCCAGGAGGAGAGGCGGUGGGAGGGGAGACGCGCUUCGCUUACUUCCCCGCAACUGCGGUGAGCGACGGGACUGUGUCUGUGCAGGCCGCCACGGACCCCACACUCACACAGGCGGGGGGUCAGUUUUAUGUGAUGAUGACCCCCCCCGAUGUCAUUCAGACAGGGACGCAACGAACCAUCGCCCCACGCACACAGCCCUACCCUGCAGAUGAAAACGAGCUGCUGCAGCAGGAAGGUUUAAACUGGAAAAUGGAUGGACCGCGAACACCAAGAGAUGAAAGGAGAAGGGCGCAACAUAAUGAAGUUGAAAGACGGCGAAGAGACAAGAUCAACAACUGGAUUGUCACGCUUUCCAAGAUCAUCCCGGACUGCAACAUGGACAGCACCAAGACUGGAGCAUCAUCUCUGUCCUCACAGAGCAAAGGGGGCAUCCUGUCCAAGGCCUGCGACUACAUCCGUGACCUGAGGCAAAACAACCAGCGACUGCAGGAGAGUCUGAAGGAGGUGGAGAGGAUACAAGUGGACAAUGACUUGUGCAGGCAGCAGAUUGAAGAGCUGAAGAAUGAGAAUGCUUUGCUCCGAGCGCAACUCCAGCAGCACGGCAUCGAGAUGGUUGGAGAGACACCACCGCAGUGAGACAAAAAGAACAAGGAGGGGCACCACCACUCAGACAUACAGUCGACAUGAUGAAAAAAGCAGGCGAGAUGAUGGAGAAAAUAACAAAAGGACUUGUGAAGAAUCACUUUUUCUAGUGAAUGCAUCUUUCCCAGGCUGCGAACCCUUCAACGGCCUGUUGUGGCUGUACUAGACUGUUUCAAUCCUAUUGAGAUAACCACCCGUUGCAAUUCAGUACAGAUAUGCUGCACUCCCCACCAUCAGAGUGCAUUGCUAGCACACGCUAUGAAAGAGAACCUCUGCUGAACUCCUCCUUUAGUCUGUAUUUAUGUAAUGUCACUUGUGGACUCUUUCGUUUCUCAUGUACAUUUUAAUUUAGCUCCCUGUCAGUGUAUUUUACCCCAAAUUAUUGAGUUUGACUUAGUUGAUGCUUUUCCUCGUUUUUUUGUUGUUGUUUUUGUUCUGUAUUAAUAUGUUGUUUUUAGCUGCUUUAAUUUAUUAGUCCGCUUGCUGACAGAAGCCUUGUCGGAGACCAGUUACAGCGAAGCUCUUGCACACAAGAGAAGCAGAUUGAAUUUUAAGUGAGAGAACAUCAAAGAAUGCAAAACAUUAGGAUUUUACACGCAUAAUGUAAUACACACUGCUUACCUAGACCCAAAGACAAACAGGGAGCUGGGCUGGCCUCUGCUUCUGGGCUGAUUUUUUUUUGUAAAUAGGACAUGUUUUAAUACAGAUGUUAAAGAAUGUUAGCGCUGAUUAUCUCUGGGAGAAAACAAUCAAUAACUCGUUAAAUUCACGCUGGCCCUUUGUCAUAAUAAUUACCAUGACGUGUGUUCAAUCUUGGAGCUUGAUUUGAAAAAACAAAAAGUGGUGUACUUGAAUUGUUGGGCAUUUGCUAAACAAGAAAAAUAACUAAAAUGUCAACAAAAUCCCUCUUUCAAUAUCCAUCUGUUUAAAUGCUAUUGAAAUAUAAAUGUAAGCGAUUAACAAACACAGCACGUUGGACUGUAGACUGGAGCGGGAUUCGGUGCAAAUUUCAACUUUUGCCAAACUAUAUAUAGAAACUAGUUUUUUUUAUUAUCUUUGGUUGAAGUGUGAUUUAACAGUGUCUCACUAGGUGUAAGAAUAAUCCCCACAUGUUUCAUUUCAAGCUGUUUGGUCUAUUUUCGUGUUGCAAGACUUCAAAUGCAGCUCCACGCACAAGGGGGGAGACACCCUGGAGAGCGGCACUCAAAGACUCUCUAUGGAAAAAAGGAGUACACACAAAUUCCGUGUUGAACUUCUUAGUCGAGCACAACUUGUUCUCCACCAAAUGAAGGAAUAGUUUGAAAGUGGGAAACUUGGUCUCACACCCUCUCAGGCGAACAAUAAGUAAUUGGUUGUAGAAACAGAAAGAGCCAAUAUUAACAUUGUUGAUGGUUUUCAGAAUGAAUAUACAUGAUGUUCCGCUUUGGGCGAUGUGAGUAGAAGUUGGGGGGGGGGGAAAAGACAUCAAGCUUCAGAGCCACUUAUUAGAGCACGAUUGCUUCUCCUUGUGUCAACACUCGCUGAUCCAGCAGAGAAAAACUAACACUCAGACCGCUGGACAAAUCAGGCCGACUAUCACGUUUUAAUAUCUCAGACUCUGCAAGUUAACAGCUUGUGCUUUGGAAGUGCUGUUCUGCUUCUACUGUUAGAUUCAAACCUGAUAUGAAUAGCGCAAGAGUCUGAUCUAUCAAACGAGGCUCCUAGCCAUGGUUGAAUGAUGGAUAUUUUGCGGUAUAAUUUUUUACACCUCGGUGAGAGCAGAAAAUGUGAACUUGAAGACAUGAAUAAUGCUUUGGAGGACGGAUGUUCACAAAUGAAAGGUCACUUGUGGCUAAUUUUUCUUUUCUUUUUUUCCUUCAAUUCUUUUUAAAAUGGCAAAGAAAAGGAAGUGUUUUUCUCUGUAGCAGCCUCACUGUUCUCAGGUUAGAUUUAAAGACAUCUUUUCUAAUUAAAAUGGUGGAAAAUAAAACUUUCACUAUCUAAUAAACUUUAUCCACUUUG